AUGCCAAAGUCAGGCGCACAUCAGCCGCUCGUCCGACACGACACUGACGACGGAGCCGAGACCGGACAGUCAGUGAAGUCGUUGGCCGAUGUGUCCGAAGAGGAAAUCGACAGUCGGAUGAGCAGAAGGAGCUCUGUUAUUGUAAGUUCUUUCUUCAAAUUAUACCGUCGGAUAGAGCGUAAAAAAUAACACGGGAGUCUUAUAGAUUUUUUUUUUAAUGUGUCCCUCAAUCUUAAAAAUGUUUCAGGCUGAUCUUCUCUCCCUUUUCCGCCGCUCAUCCAGUGUUCUCGUGCGUCCACACACACGAUUAGGCAAUCCGAAUUAUGACGAGUAAGCCUUUUUCUGGCUUCCCACACUUAAAGUGUUAUCUAUACUCUUCCAGUGAUGAUGACGAUUUCGACGAGGAAGAUGACAAGGAAGCGUCGAAGGACAGAAUACUGAAAAAGAUUCAGCAGAAGAAGGAGAUCAUUCAGAAGUUGAGAGGACAGCCGUGGUACAUGAGGAGAAAACGAAGGACUUUGAAGUGAGCGGCGGCUUUCAUAUCUUUGAGGUCCUUUGUUUUUCAGGGUCGCUCAAAAACAUCUACAACAACAGGAGGCAAAAGUGUCAAAGGUUAGGUUAUACAAAGCGGAAGCUGGGAGGCGGCUGACACAAGCCAGUCGAUGGUUGGACAACUUGAAGAUCUAUUUGAUUCCAUGGGAAGCCAAGAUCCGAAAAAUCGAGAGUCACUUUGGAUCUGUUGUCUCCUCAUAUUUCACUUUUCAUCGAUGGGUUCUCGGUGUCAAUAUCACAAUCACUUUUAUCAUGUGCCUCUUUGUAGUCGUUCCGGAAGUAAGCAACUAAUUACCCGGUUUCUGACAAUGAGCGCAUAUUUUCAGUGGUUAGCUGACUCUCGAAUGGACAUUGGCUCCGGAAGGUAUAACAAGACAAAAAGUAUCAAAGUGAUGCCAGACGCGGUCCGUGCUCGUGCCGAUGAGCUGUCUACUGUGUGGGAUUUUGGAGUGAGACUCAGCGAAUCUGGAUGUUAAAAUCUAUAUAAUUUUUGACAGGGAUACUUCCAAUACUCGUUGCUAUUCUACGGUUUCUAUUCGAGGGAGACGUUCUUCGGCGAAACGAUCAAAUACCGAGUUCCAGUAGCUUAUUUUCUCUGCAAUAUCUUUGUUCUAGGAUUUUCAUUAUUCAUCAUUUUGAGAAAGUAAGUUGAAAAAGAACAAGCAAUUCGAUAUCAAUGGGCAUUUUUCAGAAUGGCACUGAACAAAAGGCGAGGUAACCUAUCAUCCGGAAAGACUCAGCAAUACCUUUUCAACUGGAAAGCCUUCACUGGUUGGGAUUACACAAUUGGUAAUGGUUACGUAGAGUUUUGACCCGAAUUGGAUAACUUUAGGUAAUCCUGAAACGGCUGGAAAUGUCUACAUGGCAAAUGUGAUCAAAUUCCGUGAGGCGAUCAACGAUGAUAAGCAGAAACCGAGUGACAAGCAUCCAUGGAUUCGAUUUUUGGGAAGAAUCCUCACCAACUGCUUUAUUCUUGCAAUGUACGCGUUUUCAAUCUGGGCGAUUAUGAGGUGUGGUUCUUUGAAAGGCGAAAACUUUAUCGCACAGGUAAGAGGAAUGCAUUUUCUAAGAAAAACGGAUUUCAAUCUGUUUCAGAACGCCACUGCCAUCACAAUUUCUCUAAUCACUCUGGUGUUCCCUAAUAUUUUCGACUUGUUGGGUAAAAUCGAGAAACUACAUCCGAGAAAUGCAUUGAGAUUUCAACUGGGAAGGUAUUGAAAAAGCAGUAGAACUUCAGAAUUACUCAAAACUUUUCAGAGUGUUGGUGUUGUACAUUCUCAAUUACUACACGCUGAUCUACUCGUUGAUGCUACAGCUGAACAACUUGGAAGAGGAACGGAAAGCACUGGAGACCACGAAUCCCAGCUCGUUCAACUCCGACCACAGUGAGGACUUGUUGCCGAGGUAACAAACUGUUUUUUUGUUUUGUUUUUUUUUAACUCAUGAAUAUUCAAGAACACUCCGCCAAAUCAUCACUUCCAACUAUCCGAACACGUUUCCCCAUACUUACUACUCCUACACUCCGGUCACAACAACUCCAAAUCCGGCCCCAACGAGUCCUUGGACUACUGUUCUUCCGGAUUUCGGACCGUUUGGGGUGUACAAUCCGAAGGCAGUUGUGACCAAAGAUGAGACGAUUUUUAAGUCGCCAGUGGUGGAAACUCAUCAAUACGGACCGAAUUCCGAUUGGAAUGAGACCACAGUGAAUGCCAUCAAUCCAACGAUGUAAAAUAUUCACUAUUGUAAAGCUCAUCUACUUUUUCCAUCUUUCAGAAGCCGCUCAAUUACUCAUUCCUCUCUCCGAGUAAUGCAAUAUCAAGAUCUUUGCUGGGAAACGAUCAUAGGCCAGGAAAUAACAAAGUUGGUGACUAUGGAUCUGUACAUGACUGUCGCAUCCAUUUUCCUAAUCGAUUUCCUCCGCGGGCUUGCUUGUCGAUACCUUAACUUUUUCUGGCCGUGGGACCUCGAGAAAACCUUUGUAAGUAAUAAAAUUUUUGAUUCUAACAAUAAACAAUUUUUUUCAGCCAGAGUACGGAGAGUUCAAGGUAGCUGAAAACGUUUUGCACCUGGUCAACAAUCAAGGUAUCAAGGUAUUGUCUUGAAAUUUAUAAAGUGGUUUGUCUUCAGGAAUGAUCUGGUUGGGCUUGUUCUUUGUACCAAUGCUCCCAAUGCUCAAUAACAUCAAACUGAUCAUACUGAUGUACAUCCGAGGAUGGGCGGCCAUGACUUGCAAUGUACCUGCGAGCCAGAUCUUCCGAGCCAGCAGGUCCUCCAACUUCUUCUUCGCGUUGCUCCUCCUCUUCCUCUUCCUUUGUACUCUGCCAGUUGGAGUUGUAAUUGCUUCCAGAAAACCUAGCAAGAGCUGUGGACCGUUCGGGUAAAUAGACAAGAAAAAACAAGCCGUUUACUUUAAUUUUUACAGAAAUCAGCCGUUUUUCUAUAGUGUCAUCACGGAUGUGUUGCACGAAAACCUGGAUGCAAGAUUGGUAGAUGGUAUCAAAUACUUGUUGUCUCCGGGAAUUAUCAUUCCUAUACUCGUGCUUCUUCUGUAAGCAAGAAUCUCAUGACGCACUUCACCCUAAUUUUUUUUCAUUUCCAGACUUGCAAUCUAUUUCCUUGGCGCUCUCGUGUCCGGAUUGAAAGAAGCCAACCAAGAUUUGUCGAUUCAGCUCAUGUUUGUAAGUUUUCCAGAUCAAUUCGAUGAAUCCGGUCCAAUUUAUAGGAAAGGACUGAGGAAAAGAAGAAAAUCUUCGAAUUGGCGGGAGGAAAAAAGAAAAAGAGCAAAGACAGCAACGUCGACAAGCAGAGAGCAAAAGUCCAGUUGGCACCGCCGAAAUGUGGUGCUUCCUCGGACGACGACUCACAACACCAGAGGUCCACAGCACGGAGUGUGUCCGGAAGAGCAUUUGUGCCAUCAUUGGGCUCUGUUUCUGAAGUGGAUCAUAGCACUGGAGAAGAAGAACAGUCAUCCGACACCGAAACCACAUUGUCUUUUGUUUCCCCGAAACUCUCCCUCCGUCAGAAGUUCUUGGUGUGUAUCGGAUGGGCUGAUCCCAAGAAGUAUAAUCGAAAAAGUGAUGACAUGGAAAUGGAGGAGGGUAGUCGAAGGAUUAGAGAGCUGUCCACCGGAUCUGAAACCGAUUCGGAUGACGAGGAAAGUGAGAAACGGAAUUCAGAAAGUCGAUACCUUUUGCCACCUGAGGGCUCUCGUCCCGCUUCAAGAGAACGAUCCGAAAUCGCCAGUAAACGAAGUUCGACAAGUCGGAGAACCAGGUAACCACUACAUUUCGUUUGACACAACUCAAAUUGUGUCACGACGUGUAAGUGAGCGUUACAGCAAUCGUGACAUGUCCUACCGCACUGCCAUCCAAUCAUUCGACCAAAAUUCUUCGCAGUCCGCUUCUGGAUCGUCUUCUAAAUCGACGACGACAGCACCCACCAACUCUGAAAUGAAGAUGUAAGUUUAAAAAAAAAGCAAAAUGCACGCGCACUCUUUCACCCUGUUUCUUGCAGUGAAAUCAUUGAGAAUCCGUUGAACACGUUUGCCACACCACUCAGAAUUGAAAAGAAGUACAGUAGCCUUGAGUUGUGACGAAAAUAAAUAGCAAUCUUUCAGGAGUUCUGCAAGUUCUUCGAGUAGCUCUCGCCAACCAUCAUCAUCUAUUGAAAAGCAAGCAGCGAGGAGGUUGUUACAGCCGAUAAGUACGACACACAAUAUCAGAUAUGGGUACGUGGCACUUGUACUUUUAAACAAACAUCAUCAAAACCAUAUUUAGUGUGGCUACGGUGGAAAAUUCUUCGCAAGACCCAACUCGACCGCCGUCCACUGACGAGUCCCUUGGCGAUCCGGCAAUCCACGAUCCGUUGUGGGCGAACGUCAAUCCGCAUUCCAGUUACACUUCCGCGAUGAUGUCACCCAUCAUGACGGAGUUCAUGUCGACGGACGAGACAACAGACGAUGAAAAGGGCCGACUGAUCCCGGAUAGGUGAGGAUUCGCGAAAUAGGGCAUCGAAAAGCAAUUCGUGUUUUCUUUAAGGCCGCCAAUUCCGCACUCUCCACGAGAACUGAAAAGACUGCGACGUGAAAAGGACCAGUCCCCAGGUGGGAGUAAACCAAGCGUAAGUCUAUUUUGGGAAUGCAUUCAGAUCCAGAACACAAAACAAAACCUUCCAGACACCCCGUCCGCCAAGGUUCCGGAUAUCAAUGUCGCCGCCCCGAAAGCCACCAUCUGAGAAGAAUGUAAUCUGAACAUCAAAAACAUCAGAAAACUUUAUACUUUCAGGAUUCGGACAGCUCGAAUCGGAAAUAUGAGAUGAGGGUGGAGAAGUCGCCGAAGAAACCGAAAAAAUCUGGAGACGGCUCGAAAUCUUAA